AUGUCACAAACGAUUGGAGCUACCAGACUAGCCUACUCAAGGGUAUGGCACCAUAUCUCGGCCUCGGCUCCCCAUCCAACCCUGAGCACGGUCAAGUCCCCUCCCGAAGCCGUCACUCCUCCAUCAUUAGGCCGUCUCGCCUCCCGCAUUGCAACCCUCCUCAUGGGUAAGCACAAGCCGACCUGGGACCCCUCAACCGACUGUGGCGACUACGUGGUGGUGACAAACUGCGCGGCGCUGUACACGACGGGCAAGAAGAAGUGGCGAAAGACAUACUACCGGCAUAACACACGACCGGGGUCCCUGCGGACGAUCACGAUGGACGUCCUGAUGGAGAAGUUCGGCGGCGCCGAAGUGCUGCGCAAGGCAGUCAGCGGCAUGUUGCCCAAGAACAGGCUGAGAGACAAGAGGCUUGCGCGCUUGAAGGCAUUCGAAGGCGAUGCCCACCCGUACAAGCAGAAUUUGAUCCGGUUUGGUGGGAAGGCUGUUGGUACGCCCGGGUGGGAGGAGAUGGCACGAGUCGUGAGGGAGGCAGACCAGGCGAGGGUAUAG